GGCGCCCCGGACACGCCGCAGCUCCGCAGGCGCCUGCCGUGCCCAGCGCCCGCCCGGGACCGCCGAGCCAGGAGGAGGCCACGGAGAGCCAGCGGCCAUGGCAGGAAAAGCUCACAGGCUGAGCACGGAGGAGAGGGAGCAGCUGCUGCCAAACCUGAGAGCUGUGGGGUGGAACGAAGUGGAAGGCAGAGAUGCCAUCUUCAAAGAGUUCCACUUCAAGGACUUCAACCGGGCCUUUGGCUUCAUGACCAGAGUGGCUCUGCAGGCAGAAAAACUGGAUCACCACCCAGAAUGGUUCAAUGUGUACAACAAGGUUCACAUCACCCUGAGCACCCACGAGUGCGGCGGCUUAUCGGAGCGAGACAUCAACUUGGCCAGCUUCAUCGAGCAGGUUGCAGCUUCUCUCUCCUGACUAGAGGGGGAGACACACAAAGCCAAAAAUCACAACCUGUGUCUUGCCUGGAUACCUGCACCCAGAGCCUUCUCCCACCUCCAAGCCAGUUCCCAGAUCCAGGCUGCCUAACAUCAUGCCAAACUCCCACCACAGCUCAGAGGGAUGGAGGCACUUCUUGGCCACAAUAUAUCCAUCUCUCAUCGUCCUGCUUCCCUUCUUAGCAGUGUGCCUCCACCAGCCUGCCAACUGCUGUGCCUCAGGGCCUUUUCAGCAGCCCUGCCCUUGCACCAGGAGUCCUGUUACACGGUUGCCCCACUCAACUUGUCCCAAGCUUGACCCCCACCCUCUAUGUUCCUGCUCCUUGCCUACUGGAAGAUGCCUUCUGCCCAACCUGUGCUGCUCUGCAACGCAGCAGCAACUGCGAUGUGCAAUUUGGUUCUUGGAACCUCUCUCUAGCAGUAUUGGAAGCAAGCAUCAGAUGUUCUCCCUCUUGUAACUGGUUUUUAGUGGGAUACCAACUCGAAAUGUUUACAAUAAACAUCUCUGUGAACCUGA